UUAAUUUUAGGAACUUACAGGUGGUUAUCCUAUGAAGAAUUAAAUGAGAAGGUAAACCGCUUUGGGAGUGGACUGACUGCCCUGGGACUAACCCCAAAGAGUACUGUUGCCAUAUUCUGUGAGACGCGAGCAGAAUGGAUGGUUGCGGCUCUCGCCUGCUUCAAGUACAACUUUCCUCUCGUGACGCUGUAUGCCACCCUGGGCGAAGAGGCAGUAACCUACGGCCUCAAUGAGUGCGGAGCGUCCUACCUGGUCACCAGCGUGGAACUUCUGGAGAGCAAGCUGAAGGCUGCAUUGCCACAAGUCUCCUGCCUUAAACAUAUCAUUUAUGUGGACAAGAAGGCUGUCAGUAAAUCGGAAUACCCUGACAACGUGGAGAUUCAUACUAUGCAGACGGUAGAAGAGCUGGGAGCCAAACCAGAGAACUCCAGCGUUCCGCCCAGCAGACCUGUUCCUACAGACCUGGCUUUAGUAAUGUACACCAGCGGCUCGACUGGGAGACCCAAAGGAGUGAUGAUGCAGCACAAAAACUUAAUAGCUGGGAUGACGGGACAGUGCGAAAGAAUACCUGGGCUGGGGCCCAAGGAUACGUACAUUGGUUACUUGCCUCUGGCCCACGUGUUAGAACUGACAGCAGAAAUUUCCUGCAUCACGUACGGCUGCAGGAUUGGGUACUCCUCUCCACUCACACUCUCAGAUCAGUCAAGUAAGAUCAAGAAGGGAAGCAAAGGCGACUGUACUGUCCUGAAGCCUACGCUGGUGGCAGCUGUGCCU